UAUUGAAUAAGAUUACACAACAAAAGUUAAUAAAUAAUUAUUUAUGAUCAGUUAUUGUGAUAUAUUUCAAUAGCUGAAACGCCUCACAAUGAGGCUAUUAAUAAUUUAUAUGUGCAUAGCUGUUUGGACGCUAGCUGACGCCAAGAUAUCGUAUCAUGGGUUUCAAAUGUACGAUGUGGUACCAAAGACAAGCUUACAGCUGCGUGUUUUACAAGAAAUGUAUAAAGAAUCCAAACAUGACGAAAUAGAUUUUUGGGUGCCACCAAGGGGAGUUAAUAUUCCUGUUCAUAUUUCCUUGCCGCCAAAAAGUAAAUUCAUAGGAACUUUUCGAUUGGUAGGAAUGGAAACUCGAUUAGUUAUGGACAAUGUACAACAUUAUAUUGACCAGCAAAAUCAAGUUGACCUCAAAUUUACUCCAAAAGGGAAAGCUGCCCUAUUCAACUACGGGGAAUACCAUAAUCUCGCUGAUAUAAACGAUUGGAUAACAAAUAUAACCACAGUCUACUCCAACAUCACUAAAGCGGUAGAAGUCGGUAAAUCAUUUGAAGGCCGGACUAUCCGCCUAAUCAAGAUUGAUACAGGGAAAGUGAAACAAAAGGAUGGCUUCUUCAUGGAGGGCGGAAUCCAUGCCAGGGAAUGGAUAUCACCGGCUACCGUUAUCUACAUGACCGGUCAGAUGUUAGACCGAUAUGGAAUAGACGCCAAGAUAACAGACAUUGUUGAUUCCUACACGUGGUACAUAUUACCAGUGUUUAAUGUGGAUGGUUACGAGUAUACAUGGACAACGAAUAGAAACUGGAGGAAGACUCGAUCUAAACAUGGUGCAUGUUAUGGUGUUGAUCCUAACCGGAACUGGGAUUAUGAAUGGUGUAAGGAAGGAGCAAGUAAAGAACCAUGUUCUGAUACAUACUGUGGUCCAUCAGCAUUCUCAGAGGUAGAGGUCAAGGCUGUGGCAGAUUUUAUCAGUGCGCAGAAGGGUACCAUUAAAGCUUUCAUCGAUUUCCAUAGUUUUUCCCAACUCUGGAUGACUCCAUGGGGGUGGACAAAGAAACUACCAACAGAUUACGAGGAUCAGAAUGCAGGAGCUAAGGCUGCGUGCGAUGCAUUACAAGUGGACUAUGGAACAAAAUAUGAACAUGGUAGCAUAGCUAAUAUUAUUUAUGUUGCAAGUGGAAGUAGUGCCGACUGGACAUAUGGAGCUGAAAAGGUCAAAUAUUCAUACGGUGUAGAGCUUCGAGAUAAAGGACAAUAUGGCUUCUUACUUCCCGCGAAAGAGAUCAUCCCUUCUGGGAAAGAAACAUUAGAGGCAUUGAAGGCUCUGUGUACAUAUGUAUACCAUCACUAAAUUAAAAGCAGCUGAAAUAGUUGAA